AUGGCAACGCUGCAGCAACAUGUUGAGGAACUUAUCGCAAAUAAUCGUGACCGUUGCAGGCACGUGGAUUUUGUGAAGGUGCCAUGUAGAGCAACUUGUCCAUUGCCAGGAAUGGCCUUCUUAUGUCCCAAGGCGCAGGAAGAAUCGCGAGCCGACGACGAGCUGCUGCCGGAUGAUGAGUUGGAAUUACGCUUCUUUUACGCGAAGCAUCUCUACCGAGCUGGGCUCUGCAAAAUCAGCUUCCCUGCCUACUACAAGGACGCCGGAGCGCUGCUAGCCGAAGCCACGGCCACCGCAGUGGGCAACCUCUCCCCGCUGUACUUCCAACUUGGAUACGAGCUCUGCGACCUGCUGCCCGAGAGCGAGUGGCCCGUUGACAACCUGCGCAACGUACUAAAGGAGGCGGAGUGCAAGCGCAGGGCGUACCUGCUGCGCCGCAGCGAAACGUGCGACGACACCUUCCUCAUGGGACUCACACUCAGCGAGCGGAAACUACACAACGUGGUCAUGCACGGAGACAGCAACGCACUCAUAACACCAGCGAACACCCGCAACAUCGCAAACUUUUACGGGCUACAAGUGUAA